GGUGUUAGAACCAUCUAUAUGAGUCAUGCAUUGUAUAGAUCUUAGCUUCGGGUUCUCAGAAUUUUAAAUCAAACAUAAGAUGGGGCCCACACUUGAAGAGAUCUUGUAUGAGUCAUCACUGAAGGAACAUGCAUAGGUGGUUUAGGUGUACACGCAAGCAUAUAAUAUUGCUCAAUGACAAAGAUCUGAAUUUGGUGCAUGAGAAAAUGGGAAAAUUAAAAUGUUUGGGCUCCACCAGUUUAAGUUGGCUUGGUGACUAUCCAAGAUUGGGCCUGACUACAGGUCAGCUAAGUAUUUUUAGGCAUGGGGCCUACUAAUAAAUUUCAAAUUCUAAAGCCAGUGCACAGAUACAAAAAUCAUUAGACUGACAAAAAUGUUAUCAGAUGUGGAAGCACUGCUAAUAAAGCAAACCUGACCAAGCUGAGCCUGUCCAAACUUAGCUCAAUAUUUAAGUUAUUCAGCCAAUGGGCCAAACCAAGGACUGAGUUAUUAGCCCAAGUUAACUAAGUUCACCAGUCAUCUACCUGGGCUUUCUGUAAAAGUUGCCAAUAAGAAGAGAGAGAAGGCUCGGUCAAUGAGAUAAAAUAAAACCGAAUAAACAAGUAGAGAAGAGAAGGCUUCUGGUGGGUUUUAUAUUGUGAUGGGCAUCUUCUGGAAACCAAAAAGAAUUGGAGGCAAGGAGACAACAUGGAUAGAGUAGCAGGAGGCAACAAGACCACAAACAAAUGUUUCAUGGGGAAUGAGGCCUAAAUUAACACCAAAUUGAUGAGGUUUAGCAGUGGGUCAGUGCAUGAUGAUAUAGCUAAAAUUACUUUAAAAACCACACAUUCUUGACCCCAUUCUUUUUCCUCAAUGUAUUUCCAUGUGUUUUAACUCACCAACUAUACUGUUAUCUUGGCAUCAACCUGUUGACAGAAGAAAGAAAGUAGAUGAUGAUGAUGAUGAUGACAGAAGUUACUGAUCAGAAGAGAAGAAGCCAUGAUAGUUUCCUCCUCAGCAACAUCGCCGGCGCCGGCGGAGGUCACAGCCAUAACACUAGCAUGACCACCACCACUACCACUUGCAGUGGCUUGACUUCCAAGAGGCUUAAAACUGCUGGUGGUGGUGGAGGAGGAGGAGGAACCAUCACCACAAAGGAGAAGAAGGACAAGAUUGGAGAAAGAGUGGCCAAGCUGCAACAACUGGUCUCUCCUUUUGGCAAGUCAGACACGGCAUCGGUUCUUCAGGAGACUACUGGAUAUAUCAAAUUCCUCCAUGAUCAACUCCAGGUGCUGAGUACUCCAUAUUUGAGGACGAGGACACAGACUGCAAAGACUGAGGAAGCUGAGUACUGCAGCCUAAGAAACCGCGGCCUCUGUCUCAUGCCGAUCUCCUCUACACUCAGAAUUGCUCAAAGCAAUGGCGCCGAUCUCUGGGCUCCUGUUAGUUCAAACAAACAACCAUAAUUCUCGAAGUUUGUCACUUACUCCCAUUGAAUGAAGAAAGCGUGUUAUGACCAUGGCAGAGGCUGGAAGUAGUUUUAGAGACAGAUUGCUAGUUACAAUCCUAACUCUAUUCAUCUUCUAUCCUGACCACAGAUUUUAUUCCAAUGUAACCUGUAACCUGUAGUAGGAUAAGUCUCUUGCAUAAAUUUUGCAUCCCUAAAAGAAUGUAAAAUGCCUACUGAGCUAGAUUCUAAUAUCCUGGUUGCUGGAAGCAGCCAAAGCUCUGUUAUGUAUUACUAUUCAUCCUAGUAAUGAAAUGGGCAUGAGCAUAUGGUUCUGGUUUCUAUCA